UCCGACCCCUUCGUGACGAUUAACCUUCUUCCUCAGGAGGCAUUUGUAAAACUCCAAAAAAUGAAAACCAGAACGGAAAGGUCUACUCUCCACCCCCUUUAUGACGAGACUUUCACAGUGAAGUUGACCAAGGAGCAAAGGCAGAUGAAGGAUGGCAUGGUGCUGUUCAUGACCAUGGACGAAGAUUUGCGUGGUUUGAUUUCGGAGUUCAUGGGAGAAGCCUAUUUGGCCUUCAGUGAAAUCCCAGAUGCGGAAGGUGCAGCUGAGGUGAAGCAAACACAUCUCAAACUUAGCACCCCUUCAGACGAAAGCCUAGACUGUGACGCCAUGAGGGUCUUAAAUCAUAGACUACCUCGAGAUUUCAUCAAAAUACAAAGGACAAAACACGACCACGGAAGGGUCUUUUAAAGAAUACAAUACAAUCAUCAUUAUGUAAAGGCUUGAGUAAUGUAUGACGAGUAAUUUAUUGUAAUUUUACUAUUUUUAUAGAUAUUUAUGUAUAUAUUGACUGUGAACUUUAGUUCAUCUAAUUCUAAAAUGAUUAAAACAU